AUGCAUCUUUCACAUACAAUAUUUCUUAUUUGUUUAUUGUUUACAUAUUCAACAUCGAAUAAUAUACGAAAAAAUGAUUAUAAUCAAACAAUGACCUCAUCAAGAUCAAUUUAUGAUUUAGUUCAAAUACGUCUUGCAGCUCGUCGAUUAGCUGGUUAUCAUAAUAGAACACAUCGAAAUAAUCAUACAGAUUUUUUUAAUGGACAUAAUAACUAUUCAUAUCAAUCGAAAAGUAAUUCAAUGUAUUCAAAAGACAAUCAACAACGUUUUUUACUCGAACGUUUAAAAGUUGUUGUUAUUAUUAGUAGUAUAGCAUUAGGAUUUAUGAUGCUAACCGUUACUAUAUGUAUAGUAACGAGAUAUUUUCAAAAUAAAAAUUCAAUACCAAAUACAACAAUCGUGCAACAAAAACCAUCGAAUUCAUUUACACAGUACAAAUAUUCGCAACCAAAAGAUCUUACACGAAAUUAUUCACGAAAACCAAGAAUGUCAUCAACGAAUGUAUAG